UCUCGUCUAACAAGAAUAAGCCAUGGCUGCCACCGCUGCCUCCUCCGCCGUCUCGGCUUCUUCCCCGUGUUGCCUGACCGAUCCCAGCAAGCAGCAGAUUCGUCGGUAUGAGAGGGUUUCCUUUGCUCGUUCACGCUCCUUUCAGAAGCUUUCUCAAGCUAUCUCUCGCGGUUCGAGCUCCAGACGGCUCCGAAACAAGGCGAGCAUUGUCGCUGCUGUUGGAAUCGAGAAGGAAGUUGCCCUGGAUGAGAUUCCGCUCACACUGUUGAAGGAAGGGGAGGUUCGCGACUGGAGAAAGCCCGACCCAUCCAACAUGCGUGCUCGCUUUGAGAACCUGGUGCUCAACGCCCAGGAUUCCAUCAUCAAGGCCAUCGAGGAGGUUGACGGGAAGAAGUUCCGCAAAGACGCAUGGAUGAGACCCGGUGGCGGUGGCGGGAUUAGCGGCGUGCUUCAGAACGGCAAUGUGUGGGAGAAGGCGGGUGUCAAUGUGUCCGUGGUUUACGGCACUAUGCCCCGUGAGGCUUAUCGUGCUGCCACUGGCGAGUCUGCUCCCUCUGAAGGCAGCUCCACUGGAGAUGGACGAAUUCCCUUCUUCGCUUGCGGAAUUAGCUCUGUCAUGCAUCCUUGGAAUCCAUUCGCUCCUACGAUGCACUUUAACUAUCGAUAUUUUGAGACCGACGCGCCUGCUGGAGCGAAGGAUGCCCCUCGGGCCUGGUGGUUUGGUGGUGGUACGGAUAUCACUCCCUCGUACCUCUUUGAGGAGGACAUGAAGCACUUCCAUGGGGUGCAAAAGGAGGCAUGUGACAAAAUCGAUUCUUCGUUCUAUCCGCGAUUCAAGGAGGCAUGUGAUGAAUACUUCCUGAUCAAGCACCGUGGUGAGCGACGGGGGUGUGGAGGCAUUUUCUACGACGACAUGAACCAGCAUGAUCCUGAGCUGCUCUUCAACCUCGCUAAAGAGUGCUCGGCUGCAGUGGUCCCUGCAUACGUGCCACUCGUGGUGAAGCACAAAGAUGCUCCAUAUACGGAGGAGCAGAAGCAGUGGCAGCAGCUUCGCCGUGGGCGCUAUGUUGAAUUUAAUCUGGUGUAUGACCGUGGCACAACGUUUGGCCUCAAGACCGGUGGCCGCAUCGAGAGCAUCCUCAUGAGCUUGCCUUUGACUGCGCGAUGGGAAUACAAUCAGGAGCCGGCUGCUGGCACCCCAGAGGCGGAGCUUCUGGAUGCUUGCAGGAACCCGAGGCAGUGGGUGUGAGUGGCUGCUGAAGGCUUGGAGGCGGUUGAACUUAGUGCAGAUAAGCUGGGAAUGUUGCAAGAAGGAGAUCGUUUCACAUUCUUUACAACACAGCAGAUUUCCUAAAUGAUGGAGUACUACCUACAGCUGAUGAGCAAAACAAAAGUUACGGAAACGAGGAGAGUGUCACUAGCCCGCUGUAUGAAAUGGUUGCUCCUCAUAAUGGUUUGAGAAAAACCCC